AAACAAACGGUCCAAAACCAACCACGUGUCAUCCCCGAUGCAUUAUUAUCCCAUCUAUCCAACGGACCCAAACAACCUCUCUCUCUCUCUCUCUCUGCAUCCGACACUCCUUUCCUCAUUCUUCGGAACCCGUUCUUCCUUUCCGACCAGCGACAACGAUCAUCGUGAAAUCCCAAUUCUACCCUCACCGAACCCCCCAAAUUCUCCGCUAGCUUAUAGAAAACUUGUCCGGGAUUUGUUUCCUUUUUUGUUCUUUUUUCUUUGGGGAUGGCUGAAUCCGACAAUGAAUCGGGGGGGCAUAACAACAGCGGAGGAAACGCUCACAGCGAAACGUCGGCGCGUGAGCAAGACAGGUUCUUGCCGAUCGCAAACGUAAGCAGGAUCAUGAAAAAGGCGUUGCCGGCGAACGCUAAGAUCUCCAAAGACGCUAAAGAAACGGUCCAGGAAUGCGUCUCCGAGUUCAUCAGUUUCAUCACAGGAGAAGCUUCAGACAAGUGUCAGCGCGAAAAGCGGAAGACCAUUAACGGGGAUGAUCUGCUUUGGGCCAUGACGACGCUUGGAUUCGAGGAGUACGUGGAGCCCUUGAAGAUUUAUUUGCAGAAGUACAGGGAGAUGGAAGGCGAGAAGAGCUCCAUGGGAAGGGGAGAAAAAGAUGGCGCUAGUGGUGGUUCCUCCGGCGGGGCAAGUGGCAGCGGUGGCGGAGGGAGUGGCGGUGGAGGUGGAGUAGGUCCGGGUGGUGGUGGUGGUGGUGGUGGUGGUGGUGGUGGGUUCAAUGGAGGAGGGAUGUACGGAGGGAUGAUGUUGAUGGGCCAUCAUCAAGGUCACGUUUACGGCUCCGGUGGGUAUCAUCAUCAGAUUAGCAUGGAGAAACGUGGUGGCACAGGCGUUGCCGCCGCCAAUGAUGAAGCAAGAGGUGGAGCUGCUGUCAGGUCAAGGUAGAAAGUAAGGUAGAUGGUUUGGUAGGGGGUAUGGAGCAUGGUUUAAGAAGAAAAUUGUUGAUGUUAAUUAAUUGUUGAUUGGGUAUUUAAAUUUUACUUGUUAAGCAUUAA